AAUAAGAUGGAAGGAGGAGGGAUGAUGUCUGACAAGCGUAUGGAUGUGAACAUGGGAGAGUACAGUGGAGCGAUGGGGAAAAACUCAGCUUCCAGGCACCAGACCCACAAAGAGCCUUCCAUGGAGAGAAGCCCUUACUACGACAAGAAUGUAAACUCCAUGUAUGGCAGCAGUGCAGUACCAUCUCAUAACGCUCCCCUCAACUCAGCCCAGAACAAUCUCCGUAACCAAGUGCCUCCACCCGUCCUGUCCUCUCAGGUCCCUCCCUCUGUCCUGAAGUACCCUCCCAGUGCAGGAGGCCUGAACCUGUUUGGUCCACAGCAAGUAGCUGUCCUCAACCAGCUGUCUCAACUCAACCAGCUGUCUCAACUCAACCAGCUUAACCAGUUACAGCGUCUCCUCCUCCAGCAGUCUCAGCAGCAGAGUCAGAGACUGAUGUCUGUUGGACAGCAGCAGAGUCACAGACCCAUGCCUGUGGGACGCCAGCAGGACCAGCAGGGCCGUCCUAUUGGUUCGUCCCAGUCGAUGAUGCAGCCUCCGCAACACCUCGACCACUCCCUCUUGAAGCAGAACCCCGCCCACCAGCCCCUCAAGUCCUACAUGGACAACUACAUGCCCCAGAAUGCAUCUGAGCUGCAGAAGGAGCCCAACCACAUGGGCUCCUUUACCAACUUCCCUUUAGGCUUGAACUCUAACCUGAAUGUAGGCCUUGACACGGGGUCUGGCUGUAAGGAGCCUCAGUCUCGUCUGAAGAAGUGGACGGCCUUGGACGUGUCUGUUAACUCACCUCUGGAGCACAAGCCUGGUGCCAUGUCGUCUGGGCUGCGUCUGGAGGAUUCUCCCUUCGGUCCCUAUGACUUCCUGUCUGCUGGCUCCGCCCCCUAUGCUCUCCCGCAAUCAAUGGGCUCGGUGGGCGACAGCUGGCCCCCUCGUGCCAAAUCCCAUGGAAACACCAAUGUUACCUGGCCCCCAGAGUUCCGGCCCGGGGAGCCAUGGAAAGGUUACCCCAACAUCGACCCUGAGACUGACCCUUUCGUGACCCCUGGUAGUGUCAUCAACAACCUCUCCAUCAACACCGUCCGCCAUGUAGACCACCUCAGAGACCUGACAGGUCUACUCUCCCCGCUACGGUCUCCCUCCUCCACCUCUUCUCCUCCACCUCUCCCCCUCUCCUCUUCCUCCCUCUCUCCUCCCACUCUCUCUCUGCCCCCUCCCUCUUCUCUCUCUCUCUCCCCUCCCCCCUCUCCCUCUCUCUCCUCCCCUCUCUCCUCUCCUCCCCCCUCUCCAGUCAGGUCCGGAGAGUCUAAAUGGUCUCCAGCAGGAUGUAACUCCUCUCUGGCCCAUGAGCUGUGGAAGGUCCCUCUGGCUCCUAAAGGUCUUUCAGCCCCUUCCCGCCCCCCUCCCGGCCUCACCAACCAGAAACCCCCUCCACCCUGGGGGGAAGCUCCUCUCCGCUUGGGGGGCUGGGGGCACUCUGACUCCAGAUACACACCUGGUUGUAGUUGGAGUGACGGUAGCAGCAGCUCAGGGAGAACCAACUGGCUCGUUCUCAAGAAUCUCACAACUCAGAUGGAUGGUUCUACUCUGAGGACUCUCUGUAUGCAACAUGGUCCUCUGAUUACAUUCCACCUCAACCUGCCGCAGGGCAAUGCUGUCGUGUGUUACAGCUCCAAGGACGAGGCAGCCAAGGCACAGAAGAGUCUGCACAUGUGCGUACUAGGGAACACUACCAUUCUGGCUGAGUUUGCCAGUGAGGAGGAAAUCAACCGUUUCUUUGCACAAGGUCAGUCAUUGGCCGCUGCCUCCCCGGGCUGGCAGGCCAUUGGCUCCUCUCAGAGCCGAAUGGGCGGAGCCUUGGAGGGUUCCCACCCCUUCCCCAGCCGCGCCCCGGAGCCCAGUCAAUGGAACGUCAGCGACCUCCAUAGCUCCUCCCUUUGGGGCGGGUUGAACUAUUCCACUAGCCUAUGGGGCGCCAGCGAGGGCGGGAGGAUCAACAGCCCUUCUCCAAUCAGCUCCUUCCUCCCCGUGGAUCACCUGACAGGGGGCGGGGACUCCAUGUAAAGCCCGUCAGUCGAGUGUCAAACGCUGGAUUAGUAUUACGAUUAGUAUUAGGAUUAGUAUUAGUAUUAGUAUUAGGAUUAGUAUUAGUAUUAGGAUUAGGAUUAGGAUUAGUAUUAGUAUUAGGAUUAGGAUUAGGAUUAGUAUUAGGAUUACGAUUAGUAUUAGUAUUAGGAUUAGUAUUAGGAUUAGGAUUAGUAUUAGUAUUAGUAUUAGUCUCAAACACAA